UGUGUUGAUAAAUGCUAAGCACAUGAUAAAGCAGAGCCCGAUUGAUUGCAAGUUUUUAUCACACAACGCAAGGUGCAGCUGUCAUUCGGUCGAAAUCGGUUGUUAAAAAUUUUGUAUCCACACGUACGACCUAUUUUCUCUGGUCCUGAUUGAUUUUUAUCAGUCAUAUCAUAUUAACGUAUGACUUGAGCGUUCGACAGUUAUUGAUAAAUAUGCGCUCACUACUGAUCGGGUUCCACAGCCAAUGUCGGGCAGCCCACAGUAUUUUAAACUACCGAAUUACAGUUCGAUCUCAACAUCAACACGUUGCAAAUUACGUUUUGACAGAGCCGAUACCAUUUUCGAGAGACUUUUUGUUUCGGCAGUUAUUCGACCCUGUAUCUAGCACAUACACUUAUUUACUUGGUGACUUUACAAAGAGAGAAGCAAUACUGAUAGACCCUGUCAUCGAGCAUGCCGAACGCGAUGCAAACAUGAUAAAUGAACUAGGACUUUGCCUGAAAUAUGCAGUGAAUACUCAUAUGCAUGCAGACCACAUCACUGGUACUGGAAAAUUGAAGACUCUUUUACCUAGCUGCCGAUCAAUGAUAUCACGUGCUAGUGGUGCCGAAGCCGAUAUGUUGCUGGACCCUCAAGACAAUAUAGAAUUUGGAAGGCAUCAGCUCAAAGUCUUACCAACUCCUGGUCACACAGAAGGCUGCGUCACAUACGUUUGUCAUGAACAAGGAAUCGCCUUCACCGGUGAUGCUCUUCUGAUACGUGGAUGCGGACGAACCGAUUUUCAAGGUGGUUCCUCAGCGACUCUCUACAAAUCUGUACAUUCCGUGAUUUUUAAUUUUCCAUUGAACUAUAGAUUAUAUCCAGCGCACGACUACACUGGAAGAACUGUGACAACGGUGGGUGAAGAAAAGGUGUACAACCCAAGAUUGAGUAAAUCUUUGGAAGAGUUUAUUCAGAUAAUGGAAAACCUAAAUCUGCCUUAUCCCAAGAUGAUUGAUAAAGCUGUCCCUGCAAACAAAAUUUGUGGAUUAUUCCAGCUUGAUGAACAGAAAAAUAUGUAAAAUAUGUAUAUAUAUAUAUGUAUAUAUAUACUGAGGUGAUUGACUCCCAAAUGUAAAUAAGAUAUUGUUUUGAUAGACAAAUAGAAAGGUAGAUUAUAUGUACA